AUGGUGUCCAAUAAUGACAUCCAGGGAUGGAUAAUGAGCUGUAUCAGCGGUAUUGCAUGUGCACUGGGAUCGGGCCUUAUCUGUGUUGACGUCGUUGCGCAGUACUUUGGCAAGAAGGACUUCAGGAUAGCAGAGAGCGAUGUCUUUCUCUCAUCGUCCCUGAGUCUGAGUGGUGGAGUCAUCCUUUUCACGGCUUUGUAUAGCAUGCUGCCGACUUCAAAGUACUACCUGACCCAGGCCGGAUAUUCCACACAGACAGCUGCAUACACACUGAUAGGGCUGUUCCUCUCGGGAAUUAUCGUUAUAAACAUCUUCUCCACCCUCCUGCACCGAUGGAUGCCCUCUCAUGUUGUCAGCUGUGAACACUCGCACUCGCACUCGCAUCCGCACAAGGCCAACGAUAUCGAAGAGAACGGAGAGGUGACGCACGGUGCAUGCCAUGGCACCACAGAGAACACUCCCCUUUUAUCACAGCACCACGACAUACAUAGAUCUGCAGGCCAGGAUGCUCCUCAUGAGCAUAGCGUGACGCCAAGCCGGCCCGCAACAGGGACACAUGCCGGCACAUCGGUCACGGCCCAGCUGUCGGAACAGUUAAACUGUCUUAUGGGUGGCACUUCAAAGGCCACUUGUGCAAACGGUAAAUGUUUUGGCGUUUCGCAAGCUUGCGGGCUCGAGUGUGCGAAGCUUAGGAUCCAAAAUGAAGGGGAGGAUCGCACAGUUGGCGGGGCUACUGAAAUUACCAUUCUCGCACAACCUGUAACAGACGAAGGAGAUGCCAUCGGUCCUGUCCCUCCUAUUCUCAGAGACGCUGCCCACACCCGCCUUGCCGGACAAGACGCUCCUAUUCCAUCCUCAAGUACCGCAACCACCGCGUAUGCACCUUCGCCGCCUUCACAAGAGCCCCCAGCGCACCAUCAUCAUGUCCCACAGAACGCUUUUCUAUCCAUCGGUCUGCAGACCUCCCUCGCCAUCGCCUUACACAAGCUACCCGAAGGCUUCAUCACCUAUGCAACCAACCACACCAACCCAACGUUGGGUUGGUCCGUCUUCGUCGCCAUCUCCAUCCAUAACAUCACAGAGGGCUUUGCCAUGUCUCUACCGCUUUACUUGGCGCUCAAGUCGCGGCUCAAAGCAAUCCUUUGGUCCAGCAUAUUAGGUGGCAUCAGCCAGCCUGCUGGUGCUGGACUCGCGGCGCUGUGGAUCUGGGGUUCGACGAAGGCUGGUGGUGCCAAUGGCGGUGGUAUUGGGGAUGAUGUCCCUCUUGAGGGGCCGUCGUGGGCUGUGUAUGGUUGUAUGUUUGCUGUCACCGCAGGCGUGAUGACGAAUGUAGGGCUGCAGCUGUUUGCAGAAAGUCUGAUGCUCUCGCAUCGGAGGGGAUUAUGUAUUGCCUUUGCAUUUGCAGGGAUGGGUAUCAUCGGGGUUAGCUUUGCAUUGACUGCUCGAUAA